UAAUAAUAAUAAUAAUAACAAUAGUUUUUUUACAAUGUCAAUUGUACACAUGAUAAUUUAAUUUAGAUAAUUCAUCAAUAAUGGAAUCUACAUCAAUACCAAUAGCAUAUUCGCUUUCAAAUAAAAUAGUUAAGCAAUUGGUGAGAAAUUCAACGCUCAUUUUGUUGGGCAAAUCAGUUUUCACAUGUUUCAUUGUUGAAAAGGUUAUCUCCAUAGUAGCCGUUGAAACGGGCAACGUUAACACUAGACAAAACAAUCAACUAAUCAAUUUAUAUUGUGUGUCCAUCCGUAUUUCCACCGACUUCUCUAGUAAUUUUUCAAGUGGGCACACCUUAUAUUUCAUUUAGUAUUUUACUUUUUAGACUUUUAGAAUUUUAGGUUUCAUUGUUUAUUUUUUUAGAAGAAAAUCAUUGAGGCUAGAAUUUCUAGGCUAAAUUUAGAGUAGUGAUCUGAACCUGCUCGUCUUAACUAUUUUUCUAGUUACACACAAUCCUAUUAUAAAAUAACAAUAUCAGAUCGAAUGUCUAAAAUCAAAAAAUUCAUAAAGGCUAUACUAGCUCCGGACCUCGAGGUAGGCUGGACCGUGACCUGGGGUGGCCAUCCCCUUAAUCUACCACUGUGAUCUGAUCGAGAUCCAACAGAAGUAUUAUCUAUUUUGAUAAACCCCAGAUUGGGUCUUUUGGCUCAGAAUCACGCAGCAAACUAUGGAUGAUUAGCACGAUGAAGAUGGUCAAUUUCGUGCAAUUCUUCACGAGGAGAAAGGCUCGAAAUAGAUAGUUGAUGCUUGGCCACGAUCAAGGGGGUGAUUGAUCGAUACAAGCUCAGCAAGCAACCUAGAAUCCCUCUAAGUCACUCUCCUCAAACUCACGAAGCACACAAGCUUGUGAAGCAACUCGGGUUGUAUUCAACUUGAACUAAAAACUGACAAUUACAAUCAAUUGAAACUCUUAAAUAGACCUACUCUACUAAUCAAACAUCUCCGGAAAUCCUUAACACAAUCGAACACAAAAACCCAGCUCAAAACGGAAAAGGUAAAACAUAGUAGUAGUAAUCCUAGUCCGAGUCGGAUUCGGAGUACUCUGCAAGAUAGUCUUCUCGGCAGCUUCCAUACGAUCUUGCGUGUCUUCGUUGGAAACCUUCAAGGUAUGGUUUUGAUCACCCAAUGCCUCGUCUUUGCUCUAUGAGAAAUGUACUUUCGUGUGGUUGGACCCUCGAGACUCGAUUCCCCUUCUAUCUCCUCGAACCAAGCUCCAAAAGUUGGUACCAAGACUGUCUUCAAGACUUAGAGAAAUCUUGGCAGUUUUCUGGUUUCAGCAAAGGGUUUUGAGCAGCUUGAAAAUCAGUCUUCCUGGCCUCUUCUUGAGCUUCCAACCUUUUCCUCUUAUAGAGAAACUUCCCAGCUUCACAACAAGCCUUCAUUCGCCCUUUUUCAUCGAGCCAAACACAAGUUGCAUACGUGCAAAGAAGGGUACCUGAAACACUUACAACACUUAGACAAAAUUCAUAAUUCUUGUUAGUGUUUGAGAUUACUUUUCGAUCAAGCAAUUCAAGCUUGUUGGUUGACCCAAAUUGGAUCAUAUCAUAUUUAUGUUGGUUUAUGAACAAAAUAUGUAUAAUUGUUUUCAAAACAUAAAUAUAAAUCAUAUAUUAAAAUAAAAAAAGUGCUUUUACAUCUUUUAGUGAAAUUUACAAUUAUGCACCCGAAACGUAAAGUCUAUUGAAAUAAUAAUACACUAUAACGAAAAAUAUUCCUAUGAAUAAAUAAUAAUAAUAAUAACAAAAAAUAUUCCUAUGAAUAAAUAAUAAUAAUAAUAAUAAUAAUAAUAAUAAUAAUAAUAGUAGUAGUAGGUGUGUGACAUUACAAAUUAAAGCAUAUCGCAGCAUUUCCACUCUUUGCAAUGCCACUUUGCGAUUGCUGAAAAGGAAGAAUUAGUCAUAUUGCUUCUGCAACUGAAACUGCAAGCACUAAUUUAUACUUUUCUAAAAUAAUAAAAUACACACCCAAUCUAAUCUAAAAAUCAGAAAACAAAGUGCACUGACACCAAAUCAAAACGUUUGAUAUUAAAAAAAUGGGAUCGAGAAAUACAAGUUAGGUUGAUGUAUAUUUCAAUAAUAAUAAUAAUAAAUAAAAGAAUCUGUUCGGCUGUUCCCCCGAUUUCUUCAGCGUGUUUGGUAUUAAAAAAUAUCAAAAAGGGAAAGUUAAAGGGGGAAAAAAGGCAAAGAAAGAAAAUUCGGCGGGGGGUCCAAACUCCAAACAGUGAACACUGGCAGCCGUCUGUCUGUCUGUGUCACUUGGCUACGUUAAGUCAUGAUGAGGCCACCACCCACAGAUUUCCCAAUAGAUUUCCUCCUCACUCCUCUCAUCAUGUUCCAUUUCCAUGCAAACAUACAUCAUUUCCCUCUUCCUCCCUCUCUCAAUCUCUCUCCCAAUUUAGAAUUUUCGAUUAUAUAUGCUCUAAUCUAUGUGCAGAAGAGAAAUAAGAAAUCUGAAUAUCAAGCUGAUUAGAAUCAUAAUAAUCAGAGAGAACAAACUCUAAAAUGGGUUAUAGUCCUCUCAAUAUUUGGAAUUGCGAUAUAGAAUAUGACUCAUACGGUAAACAAACGUUUAAAAGUAUUAGAAUGAUAGAUUAACAUCCCCUUUACCCCAAAAACUCAAGUCCAAUUCCAUAAUGCUAUUGUUAUAUUUUUUUUAGAGCACUUCUACUAUGCUAUAUAGUAUUGGUGCUUUAAUGUACAACUUAAAGUUGUACCAUAACAUUAAAUGUAUAAGUUUAGGUUGUCCCAUAAAGCAAUUUGUACCAUUAUGUUAUGGUACAACUUUAUAACUUGAAGUUGUACCAUCACUUAAAUGUACAAGUUCAAGUUGUACCAUAAAAGAAUUUGUAAAAAAAGUAUAGGUACAAUCUGAAAUUAUACCAUAAUAUAAAUGUACAAUUUUAAGUUGUACCAUAAAGACAAAACCCUAUAGCACCAAUACUAUAUAGCAUUGUAAAAUUUCUCUUUUUUUUUUUUAACCCCCAAGUUCGGUUUGACCACUCAAUAUAACACUAUAUCAUAAAUCCUAACUUUCAAAAUAUUAUUAUAUAAAAAACUUCUAAACCCUUUUUUUAAGUUUAUAUUUUAUUAAAAAACUUUUCCCUCUAUAUAUAUAUAUCUCCCUCUCCUUAGCCUAAUCUUCUCACCCCAUCCUUCUUCUUCCUUUCUCAUCUCCCAAUUAUUUUUUUACACUAAUAUCCCUUUUCUCGUCUCCAUCGAAUCAUGGCCGCCGAGAGUUUCACCAUGCCAACAUAUUUCAUCGUACUCCUCUUCAUCACUCGCCUAAUCUCCACCCUCCAAGGAAUCAAAACCUCCAAGUCGCCGCCCGCCGUCGACCCGCCACUUCUUGAUAAUCAUCGCCACUUCCCCGUCGGAGCCCUCCGCACCGACGCGACCGCCGUCUCCGCCGCCGCCACCGACUACGGCCACAUCAUCCACCGCCGCCCCGCCGCCGUCCUCCACCCUUCCUCCGUCGACGAUAUCGUCAAGCUCGUCAACCUCGCGUACGACUACAACGCCCACAACCACAACAACAACUCCACCUCGGCGAGCCUCACGGUGGCGGCGAGGGGCCGGAGCCACUCGGUCCGGGGGCAGGCCAUGGCGGCGGCGAACGGCGUGGUGGUCGACAUGAUGCGGCUGAGGAGCGCGCGUUUUAAUAAGAACGUAAACGUCGUCGUGUCGUCGUCGUCGAAGCCGGGUCCGUACGCCGACGUGGGAGGGGAGGCGCUGUGGAUCAACGUGCUGGAGGCCGCGCUCAGGCACGGCGUCGCGCCGGUCUCGUGGACCGACUACCUGUACCUGACCGUCGGCGGGACGCUGUCCAACGCCGGAAUCAGCGGCCAGACUUUCCGCCACGGCCCUCAGAUCAGCAACGUCCAUGAAAUGGACGUCGUCACCGGGACAGGAAAGCUCGUGACUUGCUCCCCUUCCACCAACGCUAACCUGUUCUACGCUGUUCUCGGCGGGCUGGGCCAGUUCGGCAUCAUCACCCGGGCCCGCAUCGCUUUGCGCUCGGCCCCUAAAAAGGUGAGGUGGGUGCGGAUGCUGUACAGCGACUUCUCCGCCUUCACAAGCGACCAGGAGCGACUGAUCACUGUGCAUGCAAGCAGCCGGAAGCAAGAACACGACACAUCAGAGGUUCGUAAUCACAAUGAUGGGGGAGGAUUGGAAUUGGAUUAUUUGGAAGGUUCGGUAAUGGUGGACAGAGGGGGCCCGCCAAGCCACUGGAGAUCCUCAUUUUUCCCGACCUCCGACGCCCACAGGAUCGUGUCCCUUGUCGCCCAACACCGCGUCAUCUACUGUCUCGAGCUCGCCAUCAACUCCUACACUACUAAUCACCACCACCUCGACAUGGAGCUGGAGCGACUGUUGCACGGGCUGAGCUACGUCCCGGGAUUCGCGCACAGCAAAGACGUGUCCUACGUGGAUUUCCUCGACCGGGUACGAGGUGGGGAACUGGAGCUCCAGUCCCGAGGGCUGUGGGAGGUUCCGCAUCCGUGGCUCAACCUCUUCGUGCCCAAAUCCCGAAUCGCGGAAUUCGAUUCGGGCGUUUUCAAGGACAUCGUCCUGCGUAGGAACGUCACCACGGGUCCCGUCCUCGUCUACCCCAUGAACCGAAACAAGUGGGACGAGAGGACGUCGGCGGUGAUACCGGCGGCGGCGGAGGAGGAGGAUGUGUUCUACACGGUGGGGUUCUUGCACUCGAGCGGGCAGGAGGGAUGGGAGGAGGUGGAGGAGCAGAACAGGGAGAUAGUGGAGUUCUGUGAGCGGAGUGGGAUGGGAGUGAAGCAGUAUCUUGCUCAUUACGCCACGACGGAGGAGUGGGCCAGGCAUUUUGGUCCCAAGUGGACAAGGUUCCGACAUAGGAAAUCCGAGUUCGAUCCCAUGAAGAUGCUCUCCCCGGGACAGAGAAUUUUCAAUUAAUUGACGUAUAUAGAAGAUAUAAUAAUUUAAUUUAAUUUCUGAUAGCUACUGUGAGAGAGAGAGAGAGAGAGAGAAGUGAGAUUUCACAGAAAGUGAUUUUGUAUCUCUCAUCCUUUCUCUCUUGGCUAGACUUUUUAUUUUUAUUUUUGAGUAUCUAGUCUUCACUCUUCAUAUAGUGGAAUUUUGUUGAGUUUGGUAGUGUGGUGAUUAGAUUUAAUUAUCUCGACUUGAUGAAAUGAUAUGAUCAAUGUACAUAAAUGGUUCGGUUCGUAAGGUUUUCAUUAAUAUUAUGUAUGGUGAUCAAGUCCCUAGCAAAAUUAAUGGGUACGACUGGUUUUCAUUGAUUUACUUCGUGAUUUCCUAAUUUUCUAUUAAAUAUCCGACAAGAUAGCUUUGUCCCUGAAAGACUUCACAAAUUCGCUGCUUGUACAUUUGUUAGUUGCACCUCCCUCUCCUUGUUUGUAAGCUGGUAAGAACCACUUACUACCCUUGCCUCUAGCGUCUUCACUUUCUUUCACACGCCUGUUAUGAGGUCUUUUAUGCACAAGAUCUUUCUCUGAGUUGGAAGCGUGGGAGUUUAUCAAGGUUUGUGAUGGAGAUAAGACUCCAGAUCCUUAUGGUUUAACUUUGAAUUUUUACAAGGCUUGUUGGGGAAUCAUCAAACAUGAUAUCAUGGAGCCCUUUGAAGAAAUUUCAUAGCAAGGAAAUUCCUCCACAAUGUGUGGCACAUUUUUUCAUUUGUUUGCGUGAAACAGGUUGCAGUGGAAGAACAUAUAUAGCGACUUGAGGAUAACCUUGUUGGGAGGUUUUAACAAGUUUAUCAUGACCAAGAUUCUUAGUAUAUGUCGAGGAUUGUGAUGUCAAAGAUCAUCUCUAGUAAUCAAAGUGUUGAUGUUCUUAGCAAGCAAAUUCAUGAAGGGUCUUUAAUAGCUAAUGGAAUUAUUGACAAGAGGAGAAGGAGUAGUAAACCAUGUUUAGCGAUCAAGUUAGAUAUCGAAAAAUCAUUCGAUAAUGUUCACUGGGAUAGUCUUAUCUUUGGCAUCCAAGUCUUUGGAGUUUUCUAAUAGUUGGAUCAAGUGGAUUAAGGGAUGUGUCUCAUCACCUAUGCUAUCUUUGCUUGUUAAUGGCGAAACCACAUGUUUUUUCUCUCUCUCCUUCUAAGAGGACUAAAGCAAUGAGAUCAGGGAGUGAUGGAUGUCGAAUCGAUGAAUUCCCACCCCUCUUAUCCCAACGACUUCACAGAUUUAGGGGGUGAAGAGGUGCUCUGUUUGGUGAAGGCAGUUGAUUGUUACUAAAUGUCGUAAUGAGGUUUCUUGCUAGUUAUGUGGUUGUAGAGCAGAGAGGGGGAGAAAUCGGCUCGCCCUGGACGAUAAUUAUUCAGGAUUACAAAAUAUUUUGUAGAAACCUACGCACCUCGAAACCAUGAGCGUCGCAUGAGUUCCUUUUUGGAAAAAAACUCACGUAUGCCCAGUGUCAUAUUCUCGCAAACCUUUUUCUCCCGCGUGUUGUCCAGCACAGCUUGCCCCGAUCGAAUUUGCAUACCAAUUAGCUAGAUUCCUCUUCUUUUUUUAUCUUACUAAAAUGUUUAAAUCUCGAGGCAAACAUCAUUCUCUAUCCACAAUACCUAAGACGAAGAAUGGCCAAUAAACAAAGACAAGCUAUUUCUAUCAUGAAUGUAGACUCAUUUUGGGGGAAGAACAAGUAUAGCUGGAGGAUGAGAUAGGCAUUUGCAGCUAUAGCAUGGAUCAACAGUAACUUCCAUUGUAGAUGAAUGAUAAUGAAUGAAAUGGGGCCAAGUCGAAAUCGCAGCUUGAUUCAGAAUGUUUGCAACUUUGGUUGCAGCUUGCGGGCAUCCGGGAGACACAACUCCGACAUUUUUGACCUUUUUCACAGCCCUCCUCUGCCCCAAGUUUAAUUCCACCCUAAUCAUAUCUUUUUAACGCUUAGCUAGCUAGCUAGCUAGAAUCAAAUUAUUGUAUCCAA